AGAGGGACUUCACUUCUGAGCAGUCCUGGGUGUCCAAGGAGAGCAUCUCUGAUUGUGUAGGCUUCCCUCCUUGUCCCUUCAGAGUGAUCCGGGGACUCUAGUCUGUGUUCUGCUCCCUUAUGGCCACCGGAGCUUAGUCCCUACCAAAGCCUCUCUCAGAAAGAGUUACUUGCUUUGUUUCUACCUUGAAAGGAACGGAAGAACCCGAGGCCGAGGAGGCACAGUACCUUCCUGUUUUGAGAGUCGUGUACCCUCGGAAAGUUGGUGACAAUGUUCAUUUUGUGUGUGUUGGUGACUGGGGUAUCUGCCCUCACCACUUCAUCAGUGGUACCCACAGAAAGGGCUUCUGGAUCCCCUGUCACGUCAGAGAACCACACAGUGCUUGAAGACAACUGCCUAUUCCGUGGCAGAGACUUCAAAUCUGAAUUCAGGCUGGAAGGCGAACCUGUGACUCUGAGGUGCCCUCUGAAGUGGCCUCAUUCAGAUGCUUCUGCCAGUUUCUAUCCUUUUCUGACCUGGCAUAAAAUGAACUCCUCUCAGCUGAUCCCAGGAGAUGAGCCAAGGUUGUGGGUGAAGGAUGCCACCCUCUGGGUUCUACCUGCAGUGCAGAAGGACUCUGGUACCUACAUUUGCACAUUCAGAAAUGCAUCUCACUGUGAGGAAAUGUCCAUAGAACUCAAGGUUUUUAAGAACACUGAAGCAUCUCUGCCACUUAUCUCCUACUCGCAAAUCUCAUCUGUCUCAACCACCGGGCUACUAGUGUGCCCUGACCUGAAAGAAUUCAUCCCCAACAAAGCUGAUGGAAAGGUGCAGUGGUAUAAGGGCUCUGUCCUUUUGGAUAGAAACAGUAAGAAAUUUCUAAGAGUGGGAGACGGGACACACAUACUGAUAGCCAACACAUCCAUGGAGGAUGCCGGCUAUUACAGAUGCAUUGCGACAUUUAUCCACAAGGGCAAGGAAUACAACAUCACUAGGAAUAUUAAACUCCGUGUCGAAGAAGCAUCCACGGAAACCAUCCCUGUGAUUAUUUCUCCCCUAGAGACAAUACCAGCAUCCCUGGGGUCAAGGCUGAUAGUCCCGUGCAAGGUGUUCCUGGGAACUGAUGCAUCUUCCAACACCAUUGUGUGGUGGAUGGCUAACAGCACAUUUAUCUCCGUGGCCUACCCAAGAGGCCGAGUGACCGAGGGGCUAUACCACGAAUAUUCAGAGAAUCAUGAGAACUAUAUGGAAGUGUCACUGAUUUUUGAUCCAGUCACAAGAGAGGAUCUGAACACAGAUUUUAAAUGUGUUGCCAAGAAUUCAAGGAGUGUUCAGUCACUCCAUACCACAGUCAAAGAAGUCUCCUCUACAUUCUCCUGGGGCAUUGCACUGGCACCCCUGUCACUGGUCUUCCUGGUUGUGGGAGGAAUCUGGAUGCACAGACGGUGUAAACAGACAUAUGGACUGACCAAGCUACGGACUGACAACAAGGACUUCCCUUCCAGCCCAGACCAAAUAAAGGAAAUGAAAUAA